CGGUGGGUUGGUCCGACUUCAGGAAGGGGCAGCCUGAGGGGGAAGCUGGGGACAACUUGCUGCCCCUCGCCCGCCGUACAGAGAGAAAUCUUCAAGGCUUUUGGAAGCCAUAACUCACAGGAUCCAACACUGUGGAAAUUCUUCCUGCUUCAUCUAUAUCUCUAGAGGUAAUAUUGGAACUUCUUAAGAAGUGCCAUGGCCUCAGCUUCUAGCACCAAGAAGAUGAGAGACAUAGCCACGUGCCCCAUCUGUAUGAACCUGAUGACUCAUCCAGUGAGCAUCAAAUGUGGACAUAACUUCUGCCAAUUGUGCAUAAUAGAAUUCUUUAACAGAGUACGCCUGUUGAAUCCAGCAAUGACAAAAUUGGACUGCCCUCUCUGUCGGGGCCCGUUUGAUAAAAACAGCUUCCGGCCCAACAAGGAGCUGGAAAACAUGAUUGAAGUCAUCAAGGAGAUGGAAGAGAUAGACCAGCAGAUGCUGUGCAAGGAACAUGGAGAGAAGCUUCACCUGUUCUGUGAAGAUGAAGGCCAGCUCAUUUGCUGGCGCUGUGAACGGUCACAGCACCAAGGGCAUGCCACAGCUCUUUUGGAAGAAGUAUACCAGAGCUACAAGGAAAAGCUCCAGAAAGCUAUGGUUAACUUGAAUCAACUCCAAGAGGAAUGUAUGAAACACAAAAUGUUCUUGACAUUGCAGAUGGAUGACUGGAAGGAAGAGAUAAAUAGAAAGAGACAAAAAAUAAAGUCUGACUUCAAGAAUCUCCGGAGCUUUCUGCAUGAGGAAGAGAAAUCUUAUAUCUGGAAGCUGGAGAAAGAAGAAGAGCAGAUGCUGAAGAGAAUGAGGGACAGCAAGGCCAGUCUGGAGCAGAAGAGCAGUGAACUCCAGAGCCAUAUCCUAGAGCUGGAGGCAAAAUGUCAAGGCUCAGUCCAGAAUAUGCUUCAGGGUGUGAAAGAUGCUUUGGUCAGGAGUUCGGCUGUGAAGCUGGAAGAACCUGAGAACUUUUUCCUGGAGAUCCAUACUAUGUGUAAUGUCUCUGAGCUUUAUUUUGAUGUGAAGAAAACAGUAAAGCGUUAUCAAGUCAGUGUGACUCUGGAUCCUAGCACUGCACAUCCUGACCUAUUUCUGUCUGAUGAUCGGCGACAAGUGACUCGUGGGUGCUCCAAGGAGAAUCUUGAGGCUUCAUCCAGGAGAUUUACUGCCUUCCCCUGUGUCCUGGGCAGUGAGGGCUUUAGUUCAGGAAGACACUACUUUGAAGUGGAUGUAGGAGAAGGAACUGGUUGGGAUUUGGGAGUUUGUUUGGAAAAUGUACAGAGGGGCACCGACAUGAGGCAGGAACCUGAGUUUGGAUUCUGGACCAUUAGAUUGUGUAAACAGAUUGUGGCACUUACCUCUCCCCCAACUCCUCUUCGUCUGAGUGAUCAGCCUCUAGUUGUGGGUAUUUUUGUAGACUGUGAGGCCGGAGUUGUGUCCUUUUACAACAUGACUACUGGUUCUCAUAUGUUUACCUUCCCUAGAGCUUCCUUUUCUGAUACUCUCCUACCCUAUUUCCAGGUUUAUCAACAUUCUCCUUUGUUCCUGCCUCCUCCUGAUGAGUAAGGAAAGGAAUAGUCUCCUUGUUUUAACCAGCAGAGAAAAUCCCAUAAAGGCAGAAAAUUGGUCCCUUUUCUUCAUUGCUGCAACUCCAGUUCCUAGAACAGUGUUGGGCUUUUACUUGGUAUUUAAUGUUUUUGGAUUAAUGAAUAUGAAGACUGAUAAUCCUACAGAUGGUUAGUUUCAAUGAGGUAAGAGUGAUUGUUAAAUCACUAGUGAGCUACAUAGUGUACAUCAUUCUUCAGAGGGUUUCAGGGCUUUGGUUUUCAAUUUGUAGUUGCUUUCUGUUUGUUCUUUGACAAUAUCAAAAUCAUUUUUGGCUCCAAUACCUUUCAUCAAACCCUUGUUCUUGGUUCAGCACAUCUGCCUUUCUUUAUUGGAGCUUUUUUUUUUUUCCCUGAAGAUGAGUUCACUCAGGUCACCAGCUAGCUGGGCAGAGUGAAAGUGAGGGGGAAUUAACACCAGGAGAGAACCCUCAACCAAAGGGAGACUAUCAUGUGUAGAUAAAGGCUCCAGUUUACUGGCCUUCAGAAGGACAAUCCUGAAAAAUUUAGAGCACAGCUCCGUAAGAGUCCUGUCCAGUGGGAUGCCUGGAGCCCAAGGUGCUCAUGAUGAUGGUGACUGUUGAGAAUGCACACAGCACUGGUUUGCCACUAUCUCUGCUUUAGUCUCCCUAUUUUGGCACCUCUGGUACUGAAGUCACAUCUUAAUAACCAGUUCAACCAUAUUCAUGUCCUAGUUAGCUUUUCAGACACAGUAUUACUUCCUCCUCCUGUUCCCUUUCAGUGUAUAAAUACAGAAAUAGAUAUAGCUUCCUGGUUGUUAAUAUACUUACUGUGGAGUCCCGUAAAAUAUAUUCCUUUACUAAAGGACAAAUAUUCUUGAUGUGAUAAAUCACCUACCUCAUUUAUGUAGAUUUUGACAUUCUCAGUGAAUUUUCACAAAGUACUUUUUUUAAUGUGUCAUUUUAUGUCACUAGCAUUGCUCAAGUACUUGCAUAUGUGCUCGUUUUUUUUUCCCAAUUGUAACUAAUGUCCAGAUUGGCUUCAUUAUAUAUAAUAGGUCUUAACUACUCUUAUUUUGUCUCAGGUUUGUUUUGAAAGAAAAUUCCUGAGUUAUGGAAUACUUUUAAUUUGCAACUCCUUAAAGAUAUAUGAUGUUGAAUAUCUUUUUUUUGUGCUUUUCAUCUUUAUAUUUACUUUGGUUAUAUAACUGUUCAAAUAGACCAUUGUAAAAUAGCUUGCUAAUUUUCUUUUCAUGUUCUUCAUAUAUUUUGUAUAACAGUCUUCUGUCAGAUGACUGUGACAAACUUUCUCAGUUUGUAUCUAUGUUCAGCAUAUCUUUGAAAAUUUGCAAUUGUGAGAAAAUAUACCCUAUUUUGCUUUAUAAAGCUACAUAAAAGUAAUCUCAAAUUUUGAAA